UACACUGCCAACCUGAGUUUGAUCCCUGGCACCCCAUAUAGUCCCCUGAGCACAGCCAGGAGUGAUCCCUGAACACAGAGCCAUGAGUACUGAGUACUGCCAGGCAUGGUGCCAAUAAAAUUAAACUAAAAUAAAAAACUUUUUAUUUAGGGCCAGAGAACUAGUAUAGGGGUUAAGACACCUUGCGUAUGGCCAACCCUGGUUUCAUUUCCAGCACUACAUGGUCCCCUGAGCAUUGCCUAGUGCAUCCCUGGGGACCCUCAAGCAGUGCCACGGUGACAGUAUUAAAUUUAUAACAAAAGUGGUAACAAAAUUAUAACAAAAGCAAAAUAGUGUGAACGAGCCCUCCCCGUCACUGCAAAGCCUGAGAAGCUGCACCCUUAGGCUCUCAGCUAGAAUAGCCCACCCGGUUACUGAGCAUCGCUGGGAGUUGCGUCCAGGUCCACCAGGCACUGCUUGGGAACGCCCCUCAAUAAAUAAUAAAUAAAAUAAUAAAAUGCUGCAGCACAAAGGUUUGGAGAGGAAGCUCAAUGGACAAGAGCCACAGGAAGCUGGGGUUUGACCCCAGGCACAUUUAGGAGCAGCCCCUGAGCACUGAGCCAGGAGUAUGCUCUGAGUACCUGCAGGUCUGAUCCAAAACCAAAAGGAAGUGAAAUUUUAAAAAUCGACGUCAAACUGGGAAGGUUCCACUGCCACUCCUCAUGCUCUCUUCUGGACCUGUCACCCAAGACACCUCCUCAGUCCUGAGCCCCCCUGACUUGUGGACACACCAGCAGACUUGCUGAGUGCCUGCAGCUGCUCCACUCCACUGAGCAAUGCUUGAGCUGUGAAGUGCCCCUCUGACCAGUUCCAGGCCAGAAAGGCUCGUCAUGAUCAUCUUUGGGCUCCCAUGUUUUGCCUCACAGGAUGCAGCAAGUCCCCAAGCCAGGGGCCGUCAGCUCUUGGCAGCUGCCUGUGGUUCCAUACCUAGACUUGCGAGGGUGGGAAUGGAAGGGUCCAUCCUAGGUGGGAUGGGCCCCUGAGCGGGAGCACGAGAGAGCCCUGGUCCCAGACUCCUCUCUGACUGUGCCUAUCACUACACCAGCUCAGGGGAGGAGACGGCAGGCAGGCAGGGCAGCCGCCAAGCUGGAUGGGGCUUUGCCAUGCGCUGGUCCCCUGCGCCUUCUGGUUGGGUUCCCAGAGUCCACAUGGCCUCAACUCCUUAGGAAGGGCGUUUGGAAGACCCUGUGACCUGGCCCUGGGAGCUGCACAGGUGGCAGUCUGCCGUCACAGGGAUUGGCUGUCACUAUGGUGACGGGGAGGCCUGUGGCCAUCAGACCCGGUUUUCUGCAUGGCAGCUCUAAUGACAGGCUGGUCAGCCCUGCUGAGGCCAGAGGGUGUGAGCUCAGAGGCUCUGUUCUGGGUUUUCACAGCUGCCGCAAGCCCUGGCAGAGGUCCAUGCUCCACACCUGGUCAGAGCAGGAAGUGUGGCUGGGACGGGAGAGCUACACGGUCAGGUGUGAACUAAUUACUCAAAAGCUGUCUCCGUGCGACAGUAGUGGAGAGAACCUUUUCUGCUGAGUCUGGCUAAGAACACCGCACCUCAGAGCCCAACACAGCCCAGGAAGGCAUUUCUGAGGUGAGGACUCUGCCCCAAAGCCCCGCAUGGCCCAGCUGCCGUUGCCCCAUGCCUGAGAGCGCGCUCAGAGGGGAAGCGCGACUGUGUGACCUGGAAGAGAAGGCUUGCCAGCUCUUUGGACAACGAUGAAAAGGAGGAAACUGUGACUGAAGCUCAAGCCAGAAACGCACUGAGAAGUGGACAGCCUUCUCCUGAACACAAGGACCGGCUGCCGCUUUGGUUGGGGGCUGCUUUGCUCUGGACACCUGUGGAGGAACGCUGAGGGGGUCCCAGCUCACACGGGCUGGCCGGAGCACACAUGCUGGAUGACAGAGCCAGGAUGGAGAGCGCCAAGAAGGAAAAGGCGGAGCACAUCCUGGCGGAGUUCCAGCUGCAGGAAGAGGAUCUGAAGAAGGUGAUGCAGCGGAUGCAGAAGGAGAUGGACCGUGGGCUGCGGCUGGAGACGCACGAGGAGGCCAGCGUGAAGAUGCUGCCCACCUACGUGCGCUCCACCCCGGAAGGCUCGGAAGUCGGGGACUUUCUCUCCCUGGACCUGGGCGGCACCAACUUCCGGGUGAUGCUGGUGAAGGUGGGAGAGGGCGAGGCAGGCCAGUGGAGCGUGAAGACAAAGCAGCAGAUGUACUCCAUCCCCGAGGACGCCAUGACGGGCACCGCGGAGAUGCUCUUCGACUACAUCUCUGAGUGCAUCUCCGACUUCCUGGACAAGCACCAGAUGAAGCACAAGAAGCUACCCUUGGGCUUCACCUUCUCCUUCCCUGUGAGGCACGAAGACAUCGACAAGGGUAUCCUUCUCAACUGGACCAAGGGCUUCAAGGCAUCGGGAGCAGAAGGAAACAACGUUGUGGGGCUUCUACGAGACGCCAUCAAACGGAGAGGGGACUUUGAGAUGGAUGUGGUGGCGAUGGUGAAUGACACAGUGGCCACGAUGAUCUCCUGCUACUACGAAGACCACCGGUGUGAAGUCGGCAUGAUUGUGGGCACAGGCUGCAACGCGUGCUACAUGGAGGAGAUGCAGAACGUGGAGCUGGUGGAAGGUGACGAGGGCCGCAUGUGUGUCAACACCGAGUGGGGCGCUUUCGGGGACUCGGGGGAGCUGGAUGAGUUCCUGCUCGAGUACGACCGUGUGGUGGACGAGAACUCCUUGAACCCCGGCCAGCAGCUGUUUGAGAAGCUCAUCGGCGGCAAGUACAUGGGCGAGCUGGUGCGCCUGGUGCUGCUGAAACUGGUGGACGAGAAUCUGCUUUUCCGCGGGGAGGCCUCGGAGCAGCUGCGCACGCGCGGCGCCUUUGAGACCCGCUUCGUGUCGCAGGUGGAGAGCGACUCAGGCGACCGCAAGCAGAUCGCCAACAUCCUGCGCACGCUGGGGCUGCGCGCGUCGGCCGCCGACUGCGACCUGGUGCGCCGCGCCUGCGAGAGCGUGUCCACGCGCGCCGCGCACAUGUGCGCCGCGGGGCUGGCGGGCGUCAUCAACCGCAUGCGCCAGAGCCGCAGCGAGGAUGUGAUGCGCAUCACCGUGGGUGUGGACGGCUCCGUGUACAAGCUGCACCCCAGCUUCAAGGAACGCUUCCACGCCAGCGUGCGCCGCCUGACGCCCAGCUGCGAGAUCACCUUCCUCGAGUCGGAGGAGGGCAGCGGCCGCGGCGCCGCGCUGGUGUCCGCCGUGGCCUGGAAGAAGGCCUGCAUGCUGGGCCAGUGAGGACGCGGGCUGCCUGGGCCCGCCUUUCAACAACUGCCGACGACUGCGCGCCCCCGACUCUGGACAAGCAGCAGCGCGGCCCUGGGGGCUGCGGGGAGCCCAGCGGGCCCGUCUCGAGGUGGAACAGCCUGCAGAGAGAGCCCAGUGGGGGCCGGGGACUGGGAGGGUCUCGCUGCACUCACAGCCCCAUCCGGGCCCCACCGGGGACUGGGUGCCCUCUGGACCCUCUGAAGCGGCCGGCUUCCCCAGACCCCGCCGGAUCAAGGCUUGGACCAUUUUUUUUCCGCUCGUGGCUC